AUGGCAACCUCCACCAGUUCACACCGACCCAUCAAGGGAAUCCUCAAAAAUAAAGGCUCGUCAACUUCGUCGAUAGAGGCUCCCACCCAGCAAUGUGGAGGGGUCAAGCAGGAAGUCCAGAGAAAGAAGUCCCAGAAGUGGGAUGAGUCCAACAUCCUGGCAACGCACCGCAUAUCCUGCCGAGACUACGAUUUAAUGAAGGUGAACGAGCCUGGCAGUCCCUAUGUCAGUGUGCGGGAUGAUGGGGAAGAUCCUGUGAGUAAAGCCGAAGGAAAGGAAGCUGUAACCCUGGACAUCUUAGCUGAAAAACUAACCGCCCCUGAAACCUUUGGCCUAGGCCGUCCGGUAGAGGAGCAAGAGAGCAGCAGGGCUCACACCAGUAAAUACCUUAACAAACAAGAAAGACAGCGCCAGUUCGAGAUGAAAAGGAAACUUCACCACAACGAAGGGCUGAACAUCAAGUUAGCUAGACAACUGAUUUCUGAGGAGCUUCAAUUGGAGGCAGAGGAAGAUGAGAACCAACAGAGUCUACCACUUUACAAAUGA